UGGACCUGCAAAUCAGUCCUUACUAGACCAGACUAAUGAUGUAAGGGAGCAGCUUACUCCUAAUUCUGAGGAUCCUGUAGUAACAAAGGAGCAACAGAAUAAGUGGCUUGUCCAUAAAAGAAGGAAAGGGAGAAUUUGUCGGAAAUGUGUAUCAGUAGUGCUGGACAAAGCAAUAGUGAACACAAACCUGAAGGAAGAGAAGACAGAAAGUUGUUCAAAGAAAGCUGCCCAUAAGAUGGGGAGGCAGCAGCAUUGUGCUGCUUCUAAAAGUACUUUGCAAAAAUAUUGUGUAUCACAGGUUAGACAGAAAAGGAGUAGCUCCUCAUCCUGUAAAAAAGAUAUUGCCCCAAAGAAAAAGCGUACAUGUUUCUUGCUAGAGCCUGAACUAAACAUUUCAAGCUCUUUGGAAACAAAAAAGAAAUCAAAGGAAAACCACCAAAAAACCUUGGUAAAAUCAGAACUUAAAAAUCUAAUAGAAAGGGAUGGGAGUUCAGCAAUAGUAGUAGAAUGUCAGGAAGCAGUGGAGGAAACCAAAAAGUGUUCUGUGUCAGAACCAGAACCCCUGCAGAAAUCAUGGUAUCUCAGAAAGACAAUUGGAUCAACUCAACCUGAGCAGGAGUCUUUCAGGAAUGAGGACAAAUCAUUGGGGAAGAACUGUAAAUUUUCUUUGGCAAACUUGAGGCUGGUGAAACCUCAGGGGAAAGAGCAAACCUUGCAGCAAAAGUGUAAAAGGUUUUCUAUGGAGCUGACUCAAACAAAAUCUUGUGAGGAUUUACAAGUUCUCAAACAAAACCAUGGAUGUUUAUUGAAAAGUGUAGUAGGUAUAGAAGGCAACAAAAAGUGCAGAAGCAUUGUGGAAAAGGAAAGGCAUGGGAUGGUAACCAGAGCUUUACUGAAAUCAAUGAUACAUGAAAAUAAUAGUGAGAAGCUACACUGGAAACAGGAAAAUCAUGUUGCUACAGAGAUUCCUCAAUUCAGGCAUGGGGUCCUGGAAAAGCAAAUGACUAUAGGACAGGUAGUAGAUUCUGCACCCACAGAAAGUCGAGUAAUUCCCAGGGUAACAGGCUGUAGUGAUAAACAAAUGCAAGGGAACGAUGAACUUGUGACUUCACGUGAACUAAAAAUAAAGAUCAAAACUUCUAGAAAGCAGAAAACAGAAGUUUCAGAUAUACCGUAUAAAAAGCUGACAGAGACUGAUCAAAACAUCUCUGAAGGUUGCAGUUUACCAAAAUUGCUAGAACAGUCUGAAUAUCUUCAAAAAACUAAAUUAGGUGAGACAGAAUACAAGGAUCCUGUAAGCUGUUGUCUUGGAAGGGAGGCUACAUUAUAUUGUGGUGAAAGUGAUUUUCCUGGUACAAACUGCAGAGGUCCACAACUUUUGGAUAUAAAAAUAACUGAAAAUCAAGUGGGAAAGGAUCCACUGGUAGUGUACCAGAAUGACAAACUCAGAUGUCUUACAAAGCUGAAUGAAAUUCCUUGCAGAGUAAUAAAAAACCCAGUAGUGAAAUUGCUUGACUGCAGGUACAUAAAGGCACUGUUAAAUCCUUCAAGUGACCAAACAAUUCAAAGUUAUAAACUUCAUUGUGAAUUCCCACAUGUUGCAUUGGAUCAAAAGAAGAAUCUGUGUCUUAACAAGGGUAUGGGACAGAAUGAUUUGAGUUGUAACUCUGACACGGGGCAAGCUGGAGGCUCACUGUCUCAAACUGUAUUGGUUGCAAAAGGCAUGUGCCAAAAGAAGAAGAUGUCCCCAAGGUUUCAAAAUGGAAAUAAGCGAUUUAGGCAUCUCGAGUUCCAAAAAAUCAGUAAAAGGAUGAAAAUCACUGAGGAUCUGGAAAAAUCAGCAAUCCAGGGAGUUAUUUCAAACAGGGAGCUCUACAAUGAAUACAAACCGCAAAGAGAUCCAAAUGCCACAACAGAUUCUUCAAUAAUUACAGAAGAACUGAAAUAUGACGAAACUGUUGCAUUACCUUCACUUGAUGUGCCUGAUUUCAUUCUUAAGAAACAUGCUCAAAAACAUCCAGAUCACCUUGUUACCUUGCCUGGUAAUAAACAGGAGAUCCAAUCACACUUUACCCCAUAUGAUGCAAUUGACUUUGAGAUGUCUGCUGCUAUUAUGGGAAAUGAUACUCUUGAGUCAAAGAGCUUGGAACCUCACACAGACUUCAGCAGUACAGUUAAAGAUGAUUCUGUAGUGGAGAUACAAGUUGAUGAAAGAAUCACCAACUAUGGCAAUAAUAUUGCUGGCUACAUGCAAGGAGGAAAACCAGCACCCAGAAGAAGAACAGUAAAUAAAACUGGGAAGAAACAACAGUUUAGCUGUCAAAGAAUAGUGCCAUUUUUAGGUAAAAGGAUUUGGCCUAUUGAGUCAUGUGCAAGGACCUCAUGGUUUUGUAAAAAUCACGUGUCUGGCUCAGAAUUUUUAAGAGGUACUGAUUCUUUUGCUAACACUAGCCAAGAAGAGCUAUGUAAGCCAUCAAUAGAUACUAGCAAAGUCCCUGCAAAUAAGACAAUGGAUUGUGAAACAGAACUUUCUGUCAAAAGCCCACUUGCAGAAUCUCAACUUGAUAAACACAAAACUGCCUCAGGUACUGGAAAUAAGAAUGCAGUUUCCUCUGCAGAUAUGGAAAGACGUGAACAGUGCCUACCUAGGUUGACUAAAAAGGCAAAGAAAUACAAAAUUACUUUGAAUUCAUCAGUUAAAUAUUCUAAAAAGGAAGAAAACAUGGUGAAAACAAAUGUUUCCCCAGGUACUCAGAAUGGCAUCUUUGUAGACAGUUGUAAAAGCAAGGCAAAGGCAUUGGUUUCUAAACAAGAGACUUCAGUUCCACAAGUACCGAAAACAUUAAGUAUGGGAAACCUGUCAAAUUUCAAAAUACCUCUACUUAAGAACACAAGUGUAUUGAGAAAGGGAAGAGAUCAUCACAGUACCCAGAGCGCUCUAGAGCAUAGUGCUUCUUCUGUAAAGAAAGACAGAAAUAAGGUUUCAUCUGAUUCUGAGCAUCUGUUCCACUCUGAUCAGAGUAGUGACAUUACUGUGGCUGCAGUGGAAGAACAUACGGACAAAUUUGACAGCAGUGUUGCUGGAAGUUUUCCAGAGGAGAGUAGUGUUUGUAAUAAAGAUCUGGCAACCUCUCUUGAAAGUGAUGUAGAAUUGUCAGCUUUGAAAGACAUUUCUAACUCUUUGAAUAUUGGAUAUACAAAGAAGCCAACUGAGAGUUCUGUUAUAUCAUCAGAAAGUUAUGGAGAUAAUUGGAAUAAUAUCUUGUCUCAGAACAAAGAUAAGCUGAGUACUGAUGUUCUUAAGGCUUAUGAAGAUGAUGCUCUUGUGAUUGAUGUAAUUCAGGAUGAUCCUGAUCUGUUUGGAAGUACUGAUGAACUAGAAGUCACAGAUUCAAAAGAACAUGUUACUGACUACUGUAAUAUCAUUUCCUCAGAAGGAAAGUUGAUGCUAAAGUCAGAGUCCUCUCCACUUCUAAGAAGCAACCUCUUGAAAUUCAGCCCUAGUGAGACUCAAGCACAUGAUACAUUGAAGUCCACCACAGAUGUUUCUGCUUCAUUGACAGAAGUUGAUGAAAAUAUACCCAAUUCCUUAAGCUUACCAAGAGGUACAACAGAGUUGUCUUUGAAGGAUGAACAGCUGACUGAAUUGAAGGCUCUUAGCAGGACCUCUGACUCAGAUGUAAAGAACAAAAUUUCAGAAGUGGCUACUGUAAAAGAAAAAGCAGAUAUUCAGGAAACUAAGGAAAUUGAGAAUGCUGAACAUCAACGUGCAAGCCUUGAUCAAAAGCCAGAGUUGUCCUUCCCUUCUGUGACUUCAGUUGCUCCCCAAUGGCAAGGCAUAGCAGCAAAACCGUGGUUGAAUGAUUUCAGAUUUUCCUGGAGAGGUUCUCUUAUGCCUUCAACAUAUCCCAACUGUUGUGGAUCUCUGAAAGUAGAAAAUAAUGCAGCAAUUUGUUUCGGGCUGAUUCUACCUCAUGGGUAUUGCAGGUCACAUUUCGGUACAUUGAAUGGCUGUAAUAGAUUAAAGUGCAGGUUUGCACAUGUUCCAGAAGCUGGGAGCGGAAAGCUCUGCAAUGAAAUACUUAAAAAAUAUAUAAGUAUUGGGGAAGUAGUUCUGCUACAACGUGCAGUCCACAUAUUUACAGAAUACUACAGAGAUAUUACUCAUGGGAUGCAGUUGGACUCUCAAACGCUAAAUGACUUGCUGAGAUCUUUGCUCCAGUACUGUUUGUUGAAAGAAUUAUUUAAUAUACUCCACACUUGCAUAUUGAUUAAAGUGCUGCCUGACGUAGAUGUUCUCCUCAAAGUGUUUGAAAGUGUGGCUUCCAUGAAAUUAAAAGAAGUAGUGCCUGAGUUAAUUACCAUCUCUUCUAAGCUUGCUGAUAUUGGAAUGGUUUUUGAAUAUGAGCAUUUUGGCUGUAUCUCAAAGUUCUUUAACCAACUGCAAGUUUCUGGUAAAGGAAUAGAUAUUUUUAUGUCCAGAUUUCAGGCAAGACAUUUCCCCACGAACAGCGUUUGCGACUUUCGUUCAGCAAUAGCAGAGUUUCAGCGUUGUAAAGAUAAAGGAGACUGGACUAAACUGGGAGUUUUGUUUGUUCAUGUGAGAAGAGGGAGUGAAAAAUUCAACUUUGAAAAGUGCUCGCUGUUUGUUGCUAACAUUCUAAUCAACACUGUGAAGGAAGACAGAUCAGGAGUUGCUUUUUGUGAAUUUGCAGCUGCAGUAAAUGCAAUGCCGCAGCGCAAUGAAGCAGACAAAACAUUACUGGGAAGAAUUGGAAUAAGUGUUUUAUAUGCUUACUAUGAAAUACAUGAGUGGCUAAAGGCCAGGAAGAUACUGGAUACACUUCAUGCUUUGCGGAUACAUUUCACUUACCUGAAGGGGCUUAUUGGUCGAGAGCGAUUUGCAUCACGAUGUGAAAUUGUCAAUGUUGCUGUGCAAGUCUUUCUGAACAGUGGGAGCCUAAGUGGAGCAGUGUGGAUACUGAAACAAUCCGGAUGGGUAAUCAACACGGUAGCAUGGCCUUGUGAUAAAAUGGAUGUCCUGAAAAGGCAUAACCUGCUCUGUACGAUAGCAUCUCAAUACAUGAUUAAAAACUCUUAUGCAGAAGCAUUUGAAGUCUUUCAAAAUCUUCCAGGCUUUCAGAAUUCUGGAGAUAGUCUGGAUGUUGCCCAGUACAGCCUUCUGUUUAACAAUCUUUUAAGAGCUAGUACGGAAAGUAAAAUCCUUGGAAUAUCUUCAGCUGUGAUAGAUUUUAUGCUUGCAAAGAACAUUCCUGUUGACUUUCAGAUACUUAGAGCAUUCAUCACAGAACUGGGAAGAAGUGAUCUUUGGCCUAAAGCAAGGACGUAUUAUAGAAGUGCAUUAGCAUUAGGUUGCUACCCACCACUGGAAGGAAAUCUAUACCAUAAGAACCUCCUGAUUCCAUCUUACGUAACCGAAAUUGAGAUGCUGUUAGCAAUUGAAGUAUUUUUGGUUUCAAACGCUAGUAGUAUACAGAGUCCUGGUGCUUCUAAUCAGAUACUUCAGAUAAUAUUGAAAAGAUGUAAAGGCAAAAGUGUACGAACCCAAGAUGAGUAUCAGAGUGCAGUGGAAAGGUUAUCUCAAGCCAUCCAAUUAGCUACACCAAAGCUUUCCUUAAAGCCUUUGACUGUAAAUGUUAACCAGGAGCAAGUUUAUAGUUUGGAACACAUAUGGGUACUUAAAUGGUUGAAAGAAAAUAUGAAGUGGGCGGGGAAAGUCUGGCUUUUUCAGUAGCCACUGGUAAAAACUUCAGUUAAAGUAAUCAUUGUUCAAAAUAAUUAAUAAAUAUUGUUUAUGUUG